GCGGCGGCGCCGGAGCCGGAGCCAGCGAAAGCAGCAGCAAUAGUCCGAGACCAGUAGGACGGAGAGAGAGUCCAUGGGGAAUGCCGGAGGGAGAUCAUCGUCAGCCCAAGCCCCAUCGGUGCAACGAUCGAGCCGAAGAUGUCAUCCAAGAAAUCAUGCCUCCUAAGACUCGAGGCGGUGCGGUCCAAGCUCGUGGACGCGGCAGUUGCAGUGGCCGUGGGAGAGGACAGGCUGCUCCUAUCUUGCCUGUACCUUCUUGGGGUGCUUGCCGAUCACGUAGGGACGUUGUCGAGCAACACUCAGGAAAUGGGGAUGCUGAUAUCCUCCAAGACACCAGAGAAGCAGGCAUGCUUUGAAGGCAAUCCGUUUAAAACUGUUCCUGGCCCUUUCAAACUCUUCUGGCAGUGCAUGCGCUCUAAGCCCGGGGAAGAACCAACAGAGCCAUUUUACUAUUUGCAAUUGGAUCCCCCAACAAGAGAAGUGAAACUUGAGUAGACCUUAUUGUCUCCUGAUUCAAUAGGUCUGUUUUCUUAAUUGUCCUCCUUAUCUCUUGAGUAUCAAGUUUUUUAUGGUUUAUGACCAAUCUACCAACGUGAGGAAACAUUUCUGUUCUGGCUUUCAAGUAUUGAAUAACAUGUGACAAAUGUUGUCUAGUUGGAGAACUGGCUGAUAAUCUGUCAUGUCACGAUGAACACAUUUUUGCUUGUCCAAUUGCCCUGCAAAUAGAACUACUAGCAGUAAUUCACAUUUCUACAUUGAAACAGCCAGAUUUUCCCAGAACUUCAGUAGCUCAAAACAAAAUCCCUUCUCAUCAAACUCUUACCAUAUUCAUUACUAAGGGUUUGGGUAUCCCAGGUGGUGUCCAACAUCUCAUGUUUACAGUUAUUUUUCAUGAACCCCAAAAAAGAUAUCUUGCCAUAUUCCCUGUUGAAGUGAUAGUGAUAUCUUUGUAAUUACCCGUCAUUAUAAUGAGUUCUUUUUCCUUA